AGAGAACCACAUCACCCUCAGAGGAAGGAGGAACCACACCCACCCAGCUGACGGAGCCCUCCUAUUGGACCAGCCAGGUACACAAGUAUCAGCUGCUGCUGCUUUGCCCUCAUCUUGUCCACCACACCACACCACACAAGAACUCCUGAGCGGUCCCGAGGGCAAAGCGCUGACACGGGGACGAGCAUCAUGUCACGCUGGGGGCGCAAGAACGUGAAGAAGGCGCCGGAGGUGAUCCGCACCGUCACCGAGGGCCUCAAGUCCUUGUACCGCAAGAAGCUCCUCCCCCUGGAGCAGUACUACGGCUUCCACGACUUCCACUCGCUGAGCCUGGAGGACGCCGACUUCGACAACAAGCCCAUGGUCCUGGUGGUGGGCCAGUACUCCACCGGGAAGACCACCUUCAUCAAGUACCUGCUGGAGCAGGAGAUCCCCGGGAGCAGGGUGGGACCCGAGCCCACCACCGACUGCUUCACCGCCAUCAUGCACGGCGAGGUAGAGAGCGUCAUCCCCGGGAACGCCCUCAUCGUGGACCCCAACAAGCCCUUCCGGAAGCUCAACCCCUUCGGGAACACCUUCCUCAACAGGUUCCAGUGUGCCCAGAUGUCCAACCAGGUCCUGGAGAGCAUCACCCUCAUCGACACACCCGGCAUCUUGUCGGGCGCCAAGCAGAGAGUCAGCAGAGGUGAGAAAGGUCGCAAAGGCUACGACUUCCCGGCCGUGCUGCGUUGGUUCGCCGAGCGCGUGGACCGCAUCAUCCUGCUCUUUGACGCCCACAAGCUGGAGAUCUCUGACGAGUUUGCGGAGGCCAUCGGGGCGCUGAAGGGGAACGAGGACAAGCUGCGGGUGGUCCUCAACAAGGCCGACAUGGUGGGCACCCAGCAGCUCAUGAGAGUCUACGGCGCGCUCAUGUGGUCCCUGGGGAAAGUCUUCGGCACCCCGGAGGUCCUGAGGGUCUACAUCGGCUCCUUCUGGUCCGAGCCCCUGAUGGUGUCGGACAACCGCAAGCUGUUUGAGCUGGAGGAGGAGGAUCUCUUCGCCGACAUCCAGAACCUUCCCAGGAACGCGGCUCUGCGGAAGCUCAACGACCUGGUGAAGAGAGCACGCCUGGUCCGGGUGCACGCUCACAUCAUCAGCUACCUGAAGCAGGAGAUGCCCUCCGUCUUCCGGAAGGACAACAAGAAGAAGAACCUCAUCUACCAGCUGCCCGUCAUCUUCUCCAAGAUACAACUGCAGCACAACAUCUCUGCUGGAGACUUCCCCGACUGCGCCAAGAUGCAGGAACAACUGAUGGUGCACGACUUCACCAAGUUCAAAACCCUCAAGCCCAACCUGAUGGCGGCGUUGGACGAGCUGCUGUCGGUGGACAUCGCCAAGCUGAUGCCCCUCCUACGCCAGGAGGAGCUGGAGGCGGGCGAGCAGCCCGGCGUGCAGGGCGGGGCCUUCCUGGGCUCGCGUGCCGGCCCCUUCGGCGAGGGCGAACACUUUGGCGAGGAGGACGGCGAGGGCUGCGAGGAGGAGGAGAUGUGGGUGGUGACCAAGGACAAGCCCAAGUACGACGAGAUCUUCUACAACCUGGCGCCCAACGAGGGCAAGCUGAGCGGCACCAAGGCCAAGGACUGGAUGGUCAGCUCCCGCCUGCCCAACUCCGUGCUGGGUCGCAUCUGGAAGCUGUCCGACGUGGACCGGGACGGCAUGCUGGACGAGGAGGAGUUCGCCCUGGCCAGUCACCUGAUCGAGGUCAAGCUGGAGGGUCACGGUCUGCCCCCCGAGCUGCCCAGCCGCCUGGUCCCGCCCUCCAAGCGCAGGCAAGCGGGCUCGGACGCGUGAAGCGCCGCCUCGUCCCACUUCCACCGUUUCCUGUUUGCUCCACGCACCAAAUAGUCGGAGGAGGUCCUCUGCGGCAGUCAUGAGGUUUUUAGCACGUUGGAGCGUCCCGGACCAAAGUCUUAAGUCACAUGGAUUCUUCUUUUCCCCCUGGACACUACAUUAGGCACACCACUACUUUUCUUUGGGAAUGAACACACAACACAACUUGUGUUCAACAACAACUUCUCUUUAAAGCUUCAUCUUAAUCACCCAUUCUUUGUCUGGAAAUGUUCCCAGAUGUAACGUUUGUGUCGUAGCAGACUACUUCCUGCUUCAUGUUCCCAGAUGUAACGUUUGUGUAGUAGCAGACUACUUCCUGCUUCAUGUUCUCAGAUGUAACGUUUGUGUCGUAGCAGACUACUUCCUGGUUCAUGUUCCCAGAUGUAUCGUUUGUGUAGUAGCAGACUACUUCCUGUUUCAUGUUCCCAGAUGUAUCGUUUGUGUCGUAGCAGACUACUUCCUGCUUCAUGUUCCCAGAUGUAUCGUUUGUGUAGUAGCAGACUACUUCCUGUUUCAUGUUCCCAGAUGUAAUGUUUGUGUAGAAGCAGACUACUUCCUGUUUCAUGUUCCCAGAUGUAUCGUUUGUGUCGUAGCAGACUACUUCCUGCUUCAUGUUCCCAGAUGUAUCGUUUGUGUCGUAGCAGACUACUUCCUGGUUCAUGUUCCCAGAUGUAUCGUUUGUGUAGUGCAGACUACUUCCUGGUUCAUGUUCCCAGAUGUAUCGUUUGUGUCGUAGCAGACUACUUCCUGUUUCUUGUUCCCAGAUGUAUUGUUUGUGUAGUAGCAGACUACUUCCUGCUUCAUGUUCCCAGAUGUAUCGUUUGUGUAGUAGCAGACUACUUCUUGCUUCAUGUUCCAGAUGUAUUGUUUGUGUCGUAGCAGACUACUUCCUGUUUCAUGUUCCCAGAUGUAUCGUUUGUGUAGUAGCAGACUACUUCCUGCUUCAAGUUCCCAGAUGUAACGCUUGUGUCGUAGCAGACUACUUCCUGCUUCAUGUUCCCAGAUGUAACGUUUGUGUCGUAGCAGACUACUUCCUGCUUCAUGUUCCCAGAUGUAACGUUUGUGUAGUAGCAGACUACUUCCUGCUUCAUGUUCCCAGAUGUAACGUUUGUGUCGUAGCAGACUACUUCCUGGUUCAUGUUCCCAGAUGUAUUGUUUGUGUAGUAGCAGACUACUUCCUGUUUCAUGUUCCCAGAUGUAUCGUUUGUGUAGUAGCAGACUACUUCCUGUUUCAUGUUCCCAGAUGUAAUGUUUGUGUAGUAGCAGACUACAUCCUGUUUCAUGUUCCCAGAUGUAUCGUUUGUGUCGUAGCAGACUACUUCCUGCUUCAUGUUCCCAGAUGUAUCGUUUGUGUCGUAGCAGACUACUUCCUGGUUCAUGUUCCCAGAUGUAUUGUUUGUGUCGUAGCAGACUACUUCCUGGUUCAUGUUCCCAAAUGUAUUGUUUGUGUCGUAGCAGACUACUUCCUGGUUCAUGUUCCCAGAUGUAUCGUUUGUGUAGUGCAGACUACUUCCUGGUUCAAGUUCCCAAAUGUAACGUUUGUGUCGUAGCAGACUACUUCCUGGUUCAUGUUCCCAGAUGUAUUGUUUGUGUCGUAGCAGACUACUUCCUGGUUCAUGUUCCCAAAUGUAUUGUUUGUGUCGUAGCAGACUACUUCCUGGUUCAUGUUCCCAGAUGUAUCGUUUGUGUAGUGCAGACUACUUCCUGGUUCAUGUU